AUGGGUGUCCAUGGGCUCUGGACGGUCGUACAUCCUUGUGCACGGCCCAUCAAAUUGGAAACUCUCAAUAAAAAGCGCCUGGCUGUCGAUGCCUCGAUAUGGAUUUACCAGUUUUUGAAGGCGGUACGCGACAAAGAAGGCAAUGCCCUCCGGAACUCUCAUAUCGUGGGCUUCUUUCGCCGCAUAUGCAAGCUACUCUACUUCGGAAUCCAGCCGGUCUUCGUGUUUGAUGGUGGCGCUCCGGUCCUCAAGCGCCAGACUAUAGCAAACCGGAAGAAACGGCGCGAAGGUCGGCGAGAAGAUGCCGUGCGGACCGCUGGAAAGCUGCUGGCUGUGCAGCUGCAAAGGUCUGCUGAGGAAGAGGCGGCUACCCGCCGGAGGGGGAGAAUGGAAAAUGAAGAGGAGGUGCCGGACAACCCUGUUUAUGUUGGUGAUGCUUUCAUAACCGAACAGGAAAAGAAGCAGACGCGGUCAUUCAAGAAGAAAGACGCCUAUCAUCUGCCGGAUUUACAAACCAGCCUUGAAGAGAUGGGGGCCCCCAAUGACCCUCGCAUCAUGUCACAGGAAGAAUUGGAGGAAUAUGCGAGGCAAUUUCAUCAAGGAGAAGAUAUCAAUUUGUAUGAUUUCUCGAAGAUUGACUUUGAUAGCCCAUUCUUCGUCAGUCUCCCGGCGACGGACCGGUACAAUAUCCUCAAUGCGGCCAGACUCCGAAGCCGUCUCCGGAUGGGGUACUCAAAGGAGCAACUAGACAGCAUGUUUCCUAAUAGAAUGGCAUUCUCGAAGUUUCAAAUCGAGCGUGUAAAGGAGCGCAAUGACUUAACCCAACGACUGAUGAAUAUCAACGGCAUGAAUGGCGAAGAUGCUCUGUACAAAUCAGGACAACGUAUUGCCGGAGAACGCGGGAAGGAGUAUGUCUUGGUGAAGGAUGAUACCAUUGAAGGGGGCUGGGUUCUGGGAGUUGUGGGAAACAAGGAAGGCCAGGAGGACAAACCUAUCGAUGUUGAUCAGUAUGGUCAGCAGCUGAUAUUCCCUGACAAAGAGGAUAAUUCGGAUGACGAUGAUGGUGGCUUUGAAGAUGUGCCUAUCGAAGGAUUGAACCGACUUCCUAAGCUUCCUUCCCUCCAGAAAGGGGUUUUCGACAAAUCAAACAGGAACGAGAUGCGUGAUAGCUUGGAUGCAGGAGGCCCCGAGCUGCAGGAAGUCAACGAUGACUCCCUUUUCGUGGAAGGUGGUCAGAACGAACUAGCGAAGCAUAACCACCAUACCACAGAUACAUUGUUCGAUGCCACUGGAGAUGAUGAUGACGAAACGCUUCAACGAGCGAUCGCGUUGUCUUUCCAAUCUGGUGUUGGUGCCGAUGCCGAUACCAACGAUGAUGAUCUACCUGAAAUCCAGCUUAACCAGAACUAUGUGCCUCCAACUAUCCACGAGGCCCCCGCAGACCAGUCUGAUCAUAGUGAUGACGAAGGGAUGGACUUUGUCGCCGCCUUAGCACAAUCUAAGAGAGUAAAGAAAGCACCGCCCAAAGUGGCAGGUAACCCCUUCGAUGGCCCGCUACCCUUUGAAUCACUUAAACCGUUCAAAGCUGGAAAGUUAAUCAACCGUGGUAAAUCAGCUGAACAAGAAGCUGGUGCAACAAAACCCGACAAUGGAUCAAGUAAGACGAAGGAUAUCCAGAUACUGCCGCCGUGGUUCUCAGGGCCAUCGCAAAGUGUCAAGGAUGCUGAGUUCGUCAGUGAUGAGGUUCACCAUCGUCCAGUGGUGAAGCCGCCUAGUGAGCAGGAUGUACCAGACCACGUGUUCAUCGUUGGCGAUGAAGAAACGAUGGGGGACCAUGAUUCAGGGGCUUCAAAAGGCUCAAAACCAUUCAUUGACUUGGAGCCGACUCCUCAAUUGAACGGUGGUGGUCAAGAAUCUCAAAUCAAACUCGAGGUUGGACCACAAGUAACUCCUGUCGAAGCACAAGCGACUGAAACAAAGGAUGCCGAAGCUUUGGAAGCACAUACGGGAGAUAUCAUUGCAGUGGAUGCGUCCAAUGCAUCUAUGACGGAGAAACACAUCUCCAUUGAUGAUGAAACAGAUUUGAGGCACCCCAAAACGUCGCCAUCGCCUGAGUUCGAGGAUGUUGUCAUACAGCAAGACAACAUACCCACGGAGCCAACUACCCUAGAUCAAUCAGACCAAGUGGAAGAAUAUUAUGAUGACGACAAUUUUUCAGAUCCUGAAGACGAGCAAUUACUCGAACAGCUUGCGGCUGAAGGGGAAGAGCAUGUACGCUUUGCAGCGACACUAAACUCUACUUCUCACACCGAACUUCCAUUUGACUACGAGCAAGAGCUAAGACAGUUGCGGUCGCAGCAAAAGAAGGACCGCCGAGAUGCAGACGAAGUGUCACAAGUCAUGAUUACUGAAUGCCAGCAGUUGCUGAGGCUAUUCGGUCUUCCAUACGUCACGGCCCCUAUGGAAGCUGAAGCCCAGUGUGCAGAAUUGGUGUCACUUGGCCUUGUUGAUGGUAUCAUCACCGAUGAUAGUGAUGUAUUUUUAUUUGGAGGCACACGCGUCUACAAAAACAUGUUCAAUCAAAGCAAGUUUGUGGAAUGCUACCUCACAACUGACCUAGAGAAAGAGUACUCUCUGUUCCGCACCAAACUCAUCAGGCUCGCCCAUUUAUUAGGGAGCGACUACACAGAAGGAAUCCCCGGCAUCGGACCUGUAACUGCUUUAGAGAUCCUCACUGAAUUCGGGACACUGGAAGAAUUCCGUGAUUGGUGGACGCAGGUACAGACAGGACUCAAUAUGGGCAACGAUAGCCAUGCAACAUUCUACAAGAAGUUCAAAAAGCAUGCUACAAAAAUCUUCCUACCACCAUCUUUCCCCGAUCCCCGAGUCGAUGCCGCGUAUCUGGAACCAGAGGUGGAUUCGGACCCGUCUCCCUUUCAGUGGGGAGUGCCCGACUUGCAUGGUCUAAGGGACUUCCUUAUGUCAACAAUUGGCUGGAGUCAAGAACGCACUGAUGAGGUGCUGGUGCCCGUAAUUCGCGAUAUGAACCGCAGAGAGCAGGAGGGCACACAAUCGAAUAUUACUAGUUUCUUCAGCGGUCCGCAAGGAGCGGGUGCUUUUGCACCGCGUGUCCGCAGUGGUGGACAGACAAGGAUGGAGAAAGCAUUUAGUCGACUCCGGCAGCAAGCUGUAUCUGUGGAACAGGCUGAUUCAAUUGGCAUAGAUAGUCACUUGCAUGAUCCAGCUGCAGAUGGGUCAUUGGAGAGCCCAGUACCAUCAAAUUCGGCGACAGGAAAGGAGACGCGCCCCAAACGAGGGCGUCGUGGAGCACGAAAUGCACCGGAUGGGCAGGAUGAUAUGGCGGAGGGGACUGCUACCAACAAAAAGCGUCGGACUCGCGCCAAGUAG